GAGAGUGGUAACCGAACGCUGUGUUGUGGACGCCUUUGUUCUCGUUCCAAAGAGGAAUACCUUUUCAGAUAUCGUCUCAAUUUCUUCGUUGAGCUUUUUAGAAUUUUAUUUUUUGCUGACGAUUCCACAUCUUAUCUUUUAGCGCUUUGGAGUAUGUUUAUGUGUCCAGUUUUCAAACAUUUUUCUAUGGAAGAACAAGGCAACGAAAUUAUAGCUGAAAGUACCUUCAACCAGAGAGAUACUUUUAGAGAAUCUUGACUGACGGCGGUGUUCCUUAAGUCAAGAUCUGGGUAGAGUUCACCUGUCUUGUGUUCACUUCAUCGGCCCUCUCAUUUCCACCCUUCAUCUGAACUACACAUUCCUGUAACUUUUGUACAAAAAUGGUUGGAUUUGGACCUGCUGAUAUGCCCCCGACGGCUAUGGUCAAGUUUGUUGGUGCGGGAACUGCAGCCUGCAUCGCCGACCUCUUCACUUUCCCCCUUGACACGGCCAAAGUUCGCCUCCAGAUCCAGGGGGAGACCAAAGGCACGGCCAAUGCCAGCCAUGGUAAAGCUUUGCAGUACCGUGGAGUGUUUGGCACCAUCACCACCAUGGUGCGCACAGAAGGUCCGCGGAGUCUCUACAACGGGCUCGUCGCUGGGCUGCAACGCCAGAUGAGCUUCGCCUCGGUCCGUAUCGGCCUCUACGAUUCUGUCAAGCAGUUCUACACCAAAGGCUCGGAGCAUGUGGGAGUUGGCAGUCGCCUACUGGCAGGCUGUACCACUGGAGCCAUGGCGGUUGCUAUUGCCCAGCCCACUGAUGUGGUAAAGGUCCGGUUUCAGGCCCAGGCUAGCUCUGGGGUCAGCAGGCGUUACCACGGCACCAUGGACGCCUAUCGGACAAUCGCCAAGGAGGAAGGAAUUCGAGGGCUGUGGAAAGGGACGAGCCCCAACAUUGCCCGCAAUGCCAUCGUCAACUGCACCGAGCUGGUGACCUAUGACCUCAUCAAAGAUUUUCUGCUGAGAUCAACACCUAUGACUGAUAAUCUACCCUGCCAUUUCACAUCUGCGUUCGGUGCUGGCUUCUGCACCACUGUGAUCGCCUCUCCUGUGGAUGUGGUGAAGACAAGAUACAUGAACUCUGCCCUGGGCCAGUACAGCAGUGCGCUGAACUGUGCUCUGGCUAUGCUGACCAAAGAGGGGCCUAUGGCCUUUUACAAGGGAUUCAUGCCGUCUUUCCUGCGGCUGGGCUCCUGGAACGUGGUGAUGUUCGUCACGUACGAGCAGCUGAAACGCGCGAUGAUGGCGGCUCGUCACAACUGGACCGCCCCUCUCUAGAGCAUGGCUGUAGCCCACAGUCUGCCAAUGCUGAUUGGACCUUUUUUCUCUCUCUCUCUCUUUGUUUUUUUUUGGUUCCUAUCAUUUUUAAUACUCUUAUCUACCUCUACUCCUGAAAUUUCAGUAGCCUAGUCUUUUCAAUUACAGUUUUAAAUAUGCUUUUAUUUCUGCAUAGUGUCAUUCAAGUGUAGCCUUCAGAUUUAAAAGCCAGUCCUCUUUCUAUGUUUUUAGACUUUUGGCAUGUACUGCUAAUAAAGUUACUUUUGAAAAUGA